AUUGGGGGAAUACUUCUGAGGUCACUGUUUCACUUCCGUGUCACACAGCGAACAUGGCGGAUAAAGAGAAGAAGAAAAAGGAGAGCAUCUUCGACUUGUCGAAAUACAUCGACAAGCCCAUUCGUGUGAAGUUUCAAGGAGGACGAGAGGCCAGCGGGGUCCUGAAGGGGUUUGAUCCUCUGCUGAACCUGGUGUUGGACGGCACAAUCGAGUACAUGCGUGAUCCAGAUGACCAGCUGAAGCUGACAGAAGACACCAGGCAGCUGGGGCUGGUGGUCUGCAGGGGAACCUCCGUCGUGCUAAUCUGUCCUCAGGACGGCAUGGAGGCCAUACCCAACCCAUUUGUACAGCAGCAGGAUGGCUAAUAGACAGUCUGUCACUCGCUUCGUUCAGUCACAUUCAAACACAAAUACAAACAUGCACACACGUGAACAUUUUGUGGAGUCUUUUCUUAAAAUUUGAAAACGUAACUGUAAUAUUGCAUCAAUUGGAGCAAAUUUCUGUUAAUCAUAAGUUGUACAGCAAAAGGGAACUUGAAAGCACUUACGCUUUGUUUCUGUCUGUGGUGUGCAAGUUUGCAAAGAUUUGAGUUGUAAAGAGUGUUAAUCGUACCAUUUUCUUUUUAUCCACAAUAACAAACUUUUUACUAGUCUUUGUUUUGAUAAGAAAAUAAAAUGAAAAUGUAUGUUGAGCGUACAUUUUGUUCUCCCUU